AUGUGCCAGAGAAGGGUUGGGAACACGGUUUCAGUUUCACGUUUGAUCUCUGGAACGCUUAGGCCUGUCACUCUGUCAGGCAUAUUUUCAUCCGACUCAGGGAUUGACCAGAUGAUGGCGGGCGCAGUAGCGAGACAUGUGAAAUCGGUGUUUUCAAGUCCCCUGGUGAAACACCUCUUUACCAAAAAAGAGAAUGCUCCGGCGGUGGAUUUUGUCGAUGGAAUGUAUUAUGUGGCAACAGCAGUCGUCGGUUACCAUGUCAUUCAACAGGAAAAGCAAUCUAAACGUCUCCGUGAGCAAGGGAAACUUCUCGAGGCCAGGUUUGAUGACCUCAUGGCUCGAGGGAUGAUCAGAGAGCAAACCUUAGUCAAGAUAAGCACAAGCAAGCUGAAAGACAUAUAUUAUCAAGGUAUAGUCCAAAUUCUCAAUUUAAAAGAGGAUAUUCCACUUCAAUCUCUCUCUCCAUCCUCUGCUUCUCCGGCGAAACUCUUCCCAUCAAUGGCGGCAAGGUUGAACACUUCGUUUCAUAACGCUCUCUGUUUGUUAAACCCGUUCAAUACUCCCCUCAGUACCAAACCAUUCUCUUCUUCUAGACAUAGCUUCAGAUUUUCCAAAAAGCUCCCUUACUAUUCCCAAUCCUCCUCCUCCAAUAAAUCCCUCUAUUGCACUUCCAGCCAUGAAAAUGACGUCGACGGAGCCGAGACUUUCGUCCUCACCACUCCUCUUUAUUACGUAAAUGCCCCUCCCCACAUGGGCAGUGCCUACACAACUAUCGCCGCCGAUUCAAUCGCUCGUUUCCAGAGGCUGCUUGGGAAGAAGGUUAUCUUCAUCACAGGCACAGACGAGCAUGGUGAGAAGAUAGCUACCUCAGCAGCUGCUAAUGGACGCAACCCUGCUGAGCAUUGUGACCUCAUUUCUCAGUCUUAUAGAACUCUUUGGAAAGAACUCGAUAUAGCUUACGACAAGUUCAUCAGAACCACUGAUCCUAAACACGAAGCAAUCGUGAAAGAGUUCUACGCUCGAGUUUUCGCAAACGGUGAUAUAUACAGAGCUGAUUAUGAAGGGCUUUACUGUGUUAACUGCGAGGAGUAUAAGGUGCAAACUUGGAUAAAGAGUGGUUUAAGAGAUUUUUCCAUUUCUCGGGCAUUAGUAGAUUGGGGGAUUCCUGUUCCUGAUGACGAUAAGCAAACCAUAUAUGUUUGGUUUGACGCUUUAUUGGGCUACAUAUCAGCUCUAACAGAGGACAAUGAGCAACAAAAUCUAGAAACUGCAAUUACAUUAGGCUGGCCUGCUUCAUUGCAUUUGAUCGGGAAGGAUAUUCUACGGUUCCAUGCCGUCUAUUGGCCUGCCAUGCUAAUGUCUGCUGGUCUUAACCUUCCAAAGAUGGUGUUUGGCCAUGGAUUUCUGACAAAGGAUGGAAUGAAGAUGGGAAAAUCGUUGGGGAAUACUCUAGAACCUUUUGAGCUGGUUCAGAAAUUUGGGCCAGACGCUGUGAGGUACUUCUUCCUCCGAGAGGUGGAAUUUGGAAACGAUGGAGACUAUUCAGAAGACCGCUUUAUAAAAAUCGUCAAUGCACAUCUCGCCAACACGAUAGGAAAUCUCCUUAACCGAACUCUCGGCCUUCUUAAGAAGAACUGUGAGUCCACUUUAGUAGUAGAUUCCACUAUUGCAGCCGAAGGGAUUCCUUUGAAAGACACUGUGGAGAAGCUGGUUGAAAAAGCUCGGACAAACUAUGAGAAUCUAUCAUUAUCAACGGCGUGUGAGGCUGUGUUAGAAAUUGGAAAUGCUGGAAACUCCUACAUGGAUCAACGAGCACCUUGGUUACUUUUCAAACAAGGUGGUGACUCAGCUGAAUCUGCAGCCAAGGAUCUGGUGAUUAUACUGGAAGUAAUGAGAAUAAUAGCGGUUGCGUUAUCCCCCAUUGCUCCUUGCUUAAGCCUGAGGAUAUAUUCACAGCUUGGUUAUUCACUUGAUCAGUUCAAUAGCAUAACCUGGAAUGACACCAAGUGGGGAGGGCUAAAGGGAGGAGAAGUGAUGGCGCAAGCGAAUCCUGUUUUUGCAAGGAUCGAGCUGAGUGUAGGAGAGAAAGAUGAAGAGGAGAAGAAGCCAAAAGAUAGUAAGAAGAAGGGAAAAGCUAAGGUCAAAGUAGAGCAACCUCAGACUGUAGCAGAAGCUUAG